AAAAAGGAAGAAAUUAUUAAUGAAUUUGUUGAGAAUCGAAACAAAAUCACAAACAUUGAAAAGAAGAAAAAAAAAGUUGGCUAAAAUUAAACUGGUUAAAGAUUUAAAAUCACUAAAAAUUUUAAUCCAAUAUGAAAACACCCACGUACAACGUAGGUAGUGCUGAUGUAAAUAACAGUAAAUACGUUCUGGGAUAAAUUAUGUCUAAAGACGUUUCAGGACCACUUGACUGAAAUCCAGUCUUUUGACUUUCGGAGCUGAAUCAAAAAGUAAAGAUGCAAAGUGCUGUUUUGUUUUCUACGUCAAUAUAAUUUGUAACCUAUCUGUCCUGUUGCUAUGGCAAGACUCAGACAUAGUGAGAAUUGUAAUCUGAGGGAAACCACUUUAGUUGGUCGUACAUAAUUCAAAUACUUGAAUUAUUAACUGUCUGUCUGGAAAUCGGAUUUCAAUUAUUUAAAUUGCUUAAAAUAACGGUAACAGGGUCACCUAUGUCCCAUCUGAAGACAACCCUGACAUGAGAGCACAAUGUGCUGUUGCACAUUGCUUCAUCAGCUGGUAGGUAUCAAAGUUUGGCAAAAGAAAACAGAGGAAGACUCACAAAUAUAAUUUAACUCGAGUUAAAGUUCUGGAUCAGGUUGGUGAAUGAUGCACUAAACAAGUGUGCAUGAAAAGCAUUUAAUAUACUAGUAGUUUUUAGUUUUCUUAAAUGAAAUGUAUAUCUUACAGCGUGCCUUUUAACAAGACCUGCUUUUGUGGUCACCUGCUUCGUCGGGUCUCUUGGUUUUCAGAGGAAAUUCAGAAAGUAGAAUAAGCCAGGUGGCUGUGGUUGACCAAAGCAUCAACAGGUGUUUAGAGUGUCAACAAGAGAAAAACCUGCUGAUGUGAAAGUACAAGUUUUAGUAAACCGACAAACUGAAUGAAACGGAAAUAUCCCAGCAACACCUGUAAGUUUUCUUCAUACCGAGAUUAAACCACAAUAAGACGACAGUCUGAAGUCGCGCAAACAUGAAGACACCAGAAACUUACGUUUAAAAACUUGUAAAGAUCUGCACGCUGUUGAGCAUCUCACCAUCUUUCUGAAAGAGCAGCUCUCAACUGGACGACGACAGUAACAUACUCCCCCAAAUUAGGUGUUGUUGGCUUCUGACGUUCAAAGGUAACAACAUGGGGAAGAUGAAAAGACGAUUUCAACAUGACUAUUUGUGCCUGAGGUACCAGAAUCAUCACCUGAAGCUCGUUCUAGGUGUUCUAAAGAAAACCUUCGUUGUUGUGACAGUAAAGUAAUGCUGUGUCUUAUGCAAACUGUAGUUGCAUAACCAAAAUCAGGCCCCUGUAAUCAAUAAAUGCUGUCCUGAAUUACAUACCAAGACCACAAACCACUAGUGCGACACCUUCUGCAGAAUAAGUUAAUGCCCUUCCUAGACGAUACGACGCAUUAGCUCAACCGUAGCCUGACAACAGAGACGGCUCUGUAGCUUCUUCGUUUCUUUUCUCUUCCACAACGGCCUGUGUCACUGAAACGCCGUUUUCCUUCUCAAACGCCAACCGCUCCACCUCUGGAAUGUCUCUGUUCUCCAGCAAUCCGUCGUACGUCGCCGCCGCCGUGAUCGCAGUGCUCAGCUGCCUUCUGGGAAUCCCGACCAACAUCCUCGUGAUCGUGAAACUCAGCAGCCACCUGCGAGGCUCCUCCAUGACGAAGCGCCUCAUCUUCAACCUGGCUCUGUCGGACCUGCUCUCGCUGUUCUGCUUGGUGAUCGCCGGGGCCAUUUUUGCCACCGGGCCCCAUUUGGCGCAUGGACUGUGUCAGCUUUUCUUUUUCAUCAUCUUAUUCUGCAUCACCUCCAACUCCAACAUCCUGCUGCUGAUAAGCGUUCAACGUUACUACCAGAUUCUUCAUCAUACCAAGUGGAAAAAAGUGACCCGAGCAUGGCAGCGGGUUUUACUCUGCGGUGUGUGGAUACUCGGGGCCCUGCUGCCUCUCCCACUGGUGCUGUCUCUGAUGGAUAAGAACAGCGAAGACGCCGACAAGACGUCCUGUAGGAACAAAAUGAUCACACCGCAAGCCGAGGUGGUCCACGUCGCCGUAGCGAUAUCCGCUCAACUUGUGGUGCUGGUGUUUUACGUAAAGCUUGUGAGAGGCGUCAGGAAGGUUCAGAUGUCUGACAGGAAGAAACAAAAGAUCAACAGGCUGUUCACUCGGAUCCUUGCCGUCUCUCUAAUAGACUUUUUGCCUUUGUUUGCUCGACUUGUGGCCGUUGCCGCCCAUUUUAGACCUUCAGAGACGUUGACUGAAGUCAGCAGGAAUCUGACGUCUAUCGAGUAUUUGUACUUUUUAAACCACUGCCUGAACCCCCUGCUGUAUUUCUUUGCUUCUCGGCAUCAGCUAAGAGACAGAGAGAAAAAGAGAAAGCUCUUUCUCAUGGCUCUCAAUGACAGUUCUUAACAAGAUCUUUGGAUAUCUGUGCUACGCUAUUUAACCUUUUGCACAUUUUUAAUUUAUAAUGAGGUAUUAACACUGUUAAAAAAA